AAAACGAUUUGUGUAAAACGUAGGAACAGACUAUGAGUAAAUCAAAGAAUUUACUUGAAAACGAAAGGGAACAAAUCGUAAGGCUGCGAAAGCAAAGUAAAACCUUCACCGAAAUAGCCGAAAUAGUGAACAGGUCAGAAACGGCUUGUAAGCAAGCUUGGUAUACAUUUUUAAAGACAGGCAUGUAUUGCGAUCAACCGAAAAGCAGAAGACUACGGGAAACAACCCCGAAAAUGAAUCGCCGGAUUCAUCGAUUGAGCGAAAAGGAUCGUUUUCGUAGUGCAAAUAAUAUUGGUGCAGAGAUAAACUAUAAAAACGAUACACAAAUUAGUGUUAGAACUGUUAGGAGAAGAUUAGAAGACUUUAACUUAAGAGGGCGAAAACCCCCAAAAAAACCACUGCUGAGUUCGAGGAAUCAAAAAAGACGACUUGCAUUUGCCAAAGCUCAUAAGCAUUGGACAAGUGAAGAUUGGCAAAAGGUAUUAUUUUCAGAUGAAUCGAAAUUCAAUCGCGUCUGUUCUGACGGGAUACGGUACGUUAGACGUCGAAUUGGCGAAAGUUUGAAAACACGGUGCGUUUUAAAAACUCUUAAACAUGGUGGUGGAAACGUUGUGGUGUGGGCGUGUUUUUCUCGAAGCGGUCCUGGUCCGAUAUGUCGUAUCAAUGGAAUUAUGGACCGUUUUCAGUACAUGGACAUACUCAAGAACACAAUGUUGCCUUUUGCACGCAACAAUAUGAGUGAUGAUUUUAUUUUUCAAAAUGAUAAUAAUCCGAAGCACACGGCUCAAGUUGUGAAACAGUUUUUUCAAGAAGAAAAUAUUACCGUGCUGCCGUGCCCGUCGCAAUCACCAGACAUUAAUCCAAUCGAAAACUUGUGGAGCAUCAUAAAAACGACAGUACCAGGCUAUAAACCGAAAAAUUUAAAUGAACUUUACUCUACAAUUGAAACAGCUUGGUGUAAUAUUACGGUAGAUCAAUGUAAACAAUUAAUAGAUUCUAUGCCAAGAAGAAAUAACGGAUAUUGGACAAAAUAUUGA